UUGCCGGAUUUCUUGUACGGGGUUGUAGGGGUUGUAGGGGGUGGAUAUUCACCACUUUAUUGAUUUUGUAGGGGAGAAUACCCCACCUUGGGGAAGUGCCCCUGCGGGGUGGGUUGAGAGUGUGUGUUCAGGGGGAAGGAAUCAUCUGUUGUGCUUUGGGUUUAUUGGGGUGAAAGUGGGGGAUGUUCGGGUGGGGAAAUGCGUAUCGGAUGGUGAUCGGGUGGUAGACCGAAGGGACUUACGUGUCCCUGUCAUGCAUGUCAAUUGAGAAUUUUUUGGGGGGAGUGUGUGGUGAAUAUCGUGCACGCAUACUUUGGAAUCGGGACGUGUCGUUGAGGAAGAAAUACAGCACGAUGGAAUUGUGUGAGAGCGAGUGAGACGCAUGCGUGAAGUUGAGUGCGAGUGAGAGUGUAUUUGACAAGUAAAUAAGUGUCAGACACUUAUGUAGCCAUCACAAUUACAUUGAAAUGUGGCAUGGUGGGAGAGAACAGCUGAUGCCUCUGGCUUCCGAAGCAAAAGUGCAUUGGAAGAAGUCGGUGUGCCGUGCUCAGCGGAUCAGUGCUAAAACAGCUGUUAGCGAGAGUAGACGGAAAUUGUAAGAACGGAGCUGAAUUACAAAACUUUUAGCUCAGAACGGUUUUUUUCCUCAAACACCCUCUAAAAGACAUAGAGUCUGAGUCGUCGAGUGGCAAUCAACUCGAUUCAGUCAUCGCGAUAGGGCAUACCCCUUAACGCUAAAAUUCUUCACAAAUUAAACAAAAUAACUAAAAUAGAAAAGAAUUAAAAGUCCCUCAAGUGUGGGGAAUUAAUCCAGUGUUUUAAAUCCGUGAAUUUAAUUUUUAUUUUUCUAAAUUUUAAUCAAUUAAAAUUCAUUAUCGUGAAUUUUCCGUAUUUUUUUUUGCCCCUAUGAUAGCGCUAAGUCGCAUACGGAGUGAGUGGUCAGAUUUUUCAUGGAAAUUCAACGACAAGUUCUCCAGAAGAGAUUUAUCUUCUCUAUCACGGAAAAUUGUAUAAACAAUAAGACUAUUUGAUAAAGUGGAGUGAAGAAGAGUGACAGGAAAAAAAAGUUGUUAAAUUUAAAGUGAAAAUUGUGCUUAAAAAAAGAAUAAGAACUUUUAAUUGAAUUUGGGCAAGAAAUACCAAAAAACUAAAUAGUUUGGUUUCAUCCCCAAAAGAAACUAAAUAAACAACCUCCCCCCCCCAAAAGAAUCUGUACACAAAAAUGGUACCCCAGCAUUCACAAGAGGGUAACAUGACACGUACAGACAUUGAGUCUACCACCGCGGCCACUGAAGGCCUACAAAACACAAGAAUCGUCUUUGGAUCCCAGCUCGUGGAUAAAAAUUCAAGCACCCCCUAUUCAGAUGCCACCAAGACAAAGAAACACCAUCCGGGUCACAUUAAACGACCAAUGAAUCCCUUUAUGGUGUGGAGUCAGAUUGAAAGGCGUAAAAUAACUGAGGUAACCCCAGAUAUGCACAAUGCCGAGAUCUCGAAGAAUUUGGGUGCUAGGUGGAAGGCACUGUCAGAUGAGGAGAAGAAGCCCUAUAUUGAGGAGGCGGAGAGAUUGAGGAAACUCCAUUUGCAGGAGUAUCCAAAUUACAAGUACCGUCCCAAGAAGAAGCAGAAUAAACCAACAAAGUCAACUACCCCAUCUGCCUCAUCCCCAUCCUCGGCAUCAUCUGCCUCACCCAGCUCAACUGGUUCCCCUGCAUCAGCUACACGUUCCCCACCACUAAGUGGGGUACGCAAAGCCACAAGGCGCAAUUCACAGCGUGUCACGAAGAAUGACACGAAUAACAAUAGUCGCAGUCCGGCCAAGAUGCACAGCAUCCGUCUGAGUCCGAUAACGGAACUGAUAGCACGCAAUGGGGGAGUAUCAGUGAAUCAAGCUGCGCAGAUCUAUGUCAAUGCAAUUAGUGAACCUGUAACGGGUACACAGCUGUACAGCAUGGAUGGCAAUGAGCAUAUCCCCAAUUCACCCGAAAGUGCCACAUUCUACGAGGAUAGUCCGUUAGCCGUGGCAGCGGAUACGCAAACAGACCGUAUGUUUGAUACGGAACAACGUUUGUUUGACAAUGACACCAAAAUGUUCCUCGAGAAUGAGUCAUUUCCGGACACAAAUGAUCUCCUCGAUACAUUCUGUUCCGAGGAUAAGACAAAUAUCACAAUUGAUCUCAUGGCAAGAUACAUGGAGGUGCCGAGUCAGAAGCCAACAUACUUCUACACCAAUGGCACAAUGUUCAAUGGGGUGACGACGAAGAAAUACCCAGAUGACAUCACACGUCCCGUAUCGCAGUGCACCGGGCCCAAUGGAUUUGAGCAGGACACACUCAGCGAAUUGCUGACGUCCAAUGAUGCCAAUCUCAAUGCCACCAUCUGCGAUAAGAACCAGCUCAACAACAACUACCAUACGGAUUUCAGUGAGAUCAAGCAGGAGACUGAUAGGGUUGAAAUUGGUGCCUUUAACACCAUUAUUGAACCCAUGGACUUCCAAAUUGACUCCUAUGACAAUCUCGAGACGAACUCCUCCAGCUCGGGUAGUCACCUGGACUUCCCGUACAGCGAAGCCGAGACGUCCAAGAUGUUCACCGACUUCGAUAUGCUGUGAACCUAAAGGUGAGCCCUUUCAAGACUUGUUGCACCGUGACCCUGAGUCACCUUCCCCCCCAUCCUUUCAUCUUCUUUUUUUGACAUAAGGACCCGCCCCUUUUUUUGUGAUUUCUUCUAUUUGAAAACAAAAAAAAAAUGAACCAUUUUUUGAAAGAAAAAACAAAUCAAACCAAGCACUAAAGUUUGCCCAAAAACCACGUGCUCCAACUUUUAUUUUCACGAUUUUAUCGGAAUUGUCCAACUCCUCGGAGAAAAGGUUACGAUCUGCAAUUACGUAAUCGUUUCGGAACAUUUCGGAAUUUGCAUUUGACAGGCUUCAAAUAAUAGGCUAACUGUCAAAAGUUGAAAUUUUGUUUUUUGUAGAAAACAUCGUAAUUUUUUCUCAAGGAACUUGGAAAAUUUCGUCAAUUGAGAGAUGGGUAGGGGACCCCUAAGUUUUUGGGGUCCGGAAAAUUUUUGAUUGAAGACAGAUUGUACAG